AUGAACUCUUUUUAUUCUGACAUUCUUGAAAAUUCUUCGCCGACUUUGGUAACAAAUGUAAAUGGACGCAUUCUCUAUGUCAAUAGACCUGCAUUAUGUUUAUUGGAGAGAUAUCGUCCUUCCAAGAGACAAAAUUCAAAUAAUGUUAAUGAUAAUCCAGAUCCAAAUUCUUUUAUAGGUAGUCAUUAUACAUCAUUACUUGAACCUCUAGAUUUAUACGAAGAUACAUCAUUGCGUAAUCAUUUAAUGAACAAUGUACAGAUAUUAAGUAAACGUACUUAUGUUUGUCGGACAAUUAAAUGUCGAACAUUUAUAAGCAAAAGGCCUAUUAUGCUCGAGUUUUCAACGCGUACAUGUACGUUUCCGGGGUUCUCUACAGAUAAUAAUGGUAUGGAAGAAAAAAAUUUUACGAUACACCCUUCACCAACCGAUAAUGAUAAAUAUAAUUUAGACCGAUCCGGCAACAAUUGUCAAAAUGUGGAUGACAAUAAUAAUUUAUAUCAAGAGGAUUUAUUAAAUAAAACGAACUUGGCAAUUUCGGAUAGUCGAGUUGUUGAUUCGGUCUUUGUAGCUGAAAGCGUAAAAAAUUUGAUAUUAAUUAGUACGAUUCGAGAUGUAACUGAUUCAAAAUUCCAGGAAUUCGUACUAAAUGAAGCCGAUAAUCGUAUAUCAAUUACAUAUGAUGUGACCGGAAUUAUCAGAGAGAUUUCUAGAUCUUGUAAAUCGAUAUUUGGUUUCGAAACAGAUGAAUUACUUGGGACUGACGGUUACUCCUAUAUUCAUCCUGAUGAUAUAACUGAAGUUCGAACUUACCUUGCUAAAUGGACUGUCGAAAAUGGUAGUACUACUUUACAAAGGCAGGCUUUUCGUCAUCGGAAAAAAGAUGGAAGUUAUUGUUUAUUGGAGAUAUGGACUCAAGGUCUUCAACCCGAUGGUGCUUGGUCAUUUGUAGGUUUCGAUAUAACAGAUGCUUCUGAUCAUCUGGUGGAUAAUCGUACAUUUAUCCGUAAACUAUUGCCAAAAAAUGUCGAAGGAGAGUCUCGUGAUAAAGAAGCAAAUAAUUUUGUUUCCUUCAUUUGCCACGAACUUCGCAAUCCAUUGAACGGGAUAAUUGGCUUCACAACUUUAUUACUGGACACUGCACUCUCAAAUGAACAGCGCGAAUAUGCCGAAGCUAUUUCAACAAUAAGCAAUUAUAUGUGUAAUAUCAUUAACCAAUCACUUGAUUUAUGUCAAACCCAAUCUCAUGGUACAACAACUUCAGAUAUUGGACCUUUAAGAUUGAGGGAGGUAGUCGAAUUUGGUUUCUUAACUGUCACUGCAUUGGCUAAAACAAAUGGGACAGAGCUUUAUUUACAAGACGAUUUAACGACCUUGCAAAUAGCUGGUCAAAAAUAUCAAAUAAAUAACGACGGUAUUAACAUCGAGAUUUUAUCUCGAGUAAAAGAUUUAGAAAACAAAUGGUAUGGAGAUGAAGACACCGUGCGUAAAAUUUUAUUGAAUUAUUUAACAAAUGCAAUCAAACAUACCGGAUCCGGAAAAGUGACAGUACGUCUUGAGGUCGCAUCUGAUAAAUUACCGGAUGGUAAGGAAGGAUUUAUGGCUAGAUGUUCAGUUGAAGACGACGGUCCUGGAAUUCCGCAAAAAGACCUUAAACGACUUUUCUUACCAUAUUCAAAACUAGUUUCAUCAUUUGGUGAAAUGAAAAGUCGCAAUGAGGGGAAUAUUGAUGGCUCGAGGUCACCUAACCAUCAGCAAUCACAUAGGUGUUCUGGUUUAGGUUUGAGUAUUUGUAAAGAAUUGGCUGAUAAAAUGGGUGGUAAAGUUGGAGUGGAAAGCGUAUUUGGUAAAGGUAGCACUUUUUGGUUUACAUUUCCCGUGUAUACUGGCGUACCUGAAGUUGUCGAAGACGAUUCCGAUACCGGAGCUUCUUUUUGUGAAGAAACAUAUAGCGGAAAUGAAGGUUCAGAUAAGGGAAUUUUUAUAGAUGAUGCUAAAGACAAUGUUUCUGAAUAUGGCCGGGAAAAUUUAUCAAAAAGACAUCGGUCUCCUGUUAACAGUGUUAUUUCAAUAGAUUCUUCAUCAUCGAUAUCUUCUGCGAAUUAUUCCAAUUCACGUCCAAGUUCUAUUUCAACUAAUUCGAGUGACAGAAGAAAUUUUGGAAGUCAACGGAAGCAUAAGAAACCAACAAAGGUUCUUAUGGUUGAGGAUAAUGAAAUCAAUCAACAAGUUGCGAUAAAAUAUUUGGAAAAAAUGGGUGAAGCAGUCACCGUAGCUGCAAAUGGUAUAGAAGCAUUAGAGAAAAUGAAAAAAGAGAAUUUUGAUAUUCUUUUUGUUGAUCUACAGAUGCCUAAUAUGGAUGGGUAUACAUUGACUCGCCAGAUUAGAGAAGCUGAAUGUGAAGCUUGUGAAUGUGAUUCACAAGAUUGUGAAUUUCAAAACAUAUCAUCACACGACGCUUCCACACCUCCACUUACUCCACCAGGAUCGUCAUCAACAUCAAAAUCUUCAUUCCAUAUAAACACGCAACCUUCGCCAUCCCCCACCUCAUCCUGCCCGCAUUCACAAUUACCAUCACCAAUAUCCUUCUCUAAUUCUAAUAUACAUGCAUCUUCAAGAAAUUCCCGUUGUCUCGAUCCAUCGUCUCUUAAGCAUCGACAUCAUAAACAUAUACCUAUUGUAGCGUGUACUGGUAAUGUGUUAGGAAAAGAAAAAGAUAGGUGCAUAAAACAUGGUAUGGAUAGGUUUUUAAGUAAACCAUAUCGAAUUGAAGAAAUGAAAUCGUGCAUAGAAGAAUUAGUAGAAAGUGAUUAUGAGUCGUCAGUCGGGGACGAGGAUUUUACUAAUCAUAAAAGUGAAAGUAGUAGUGAAAGUUAUAAUUUUAAAUUACAAAUUAACCAUAAUGAUCGUGGUUAUGAACCCUUGUCUAUAGCACUAAUAUAG